GCGAAGUUCAUUCUUCGGCUGCAUGAACAAGAACCCGGAUUCCGGUAACAUCUUUCUGGCAUCAUUUUGCUCAUAAAAAAUAGAUUAAUAAUAAAGUAAAACUAUGACUGUUAGUAUGAAGAUGUUGCCACGCCUCUGAGAAGAAGGAGGAAGUGUCAGAAAAAAAGCAGUUUCAGUUUAUGAGAAAUUGGCAAGAACAUUGACUGCCUUGAGGUCUCCAGCACCAAUCUCCACUGCUAAGAGCAUGAUCUGGCUGUUCCAGUCUCUCACCCUUGUCUUCUGCCUUGACCCAGGAAAUACAGUUUCACAAACCAGCUCAACCCCACUGAUUGUGAACGGGACCCUGGGGGAGUCAGUAACUCUACCCCUGAAGUUCCCUGAAGAAGAGAAGAUCAUGUCCAUCACCUGGCUUCACGAUGGAAAAUCUAUCAUCUUCAUACGGCCAAAUAAGGCACAAAGUCCACUAAUACACGUAACUGAUCCAAAACAGAGCAAUCGAUUGAACGUCACCAAGUCCUACUCUCUGCAACUCAGCAACCUGACGAUGGCAGACACAGGAUCUUACACCGCCCAGAUAACCACAACCUCCGUAGUGUUUUACAGUUAUUAUCUGAGGAUCUUCAGACGGCUGGGGAACCUUCAGGUUGUCACUCUCACUGAAAGGUCUAGGAAUGAGACCUGUGUGAUCCACCUGACCUGCUCCGUGGAGGAUCCAAAUGAUAACGUCUCAUUCAGCUGGCAGGUCUCAGGAAGCAUGCUUCCAAGUGAAGCAAACCUCACUGUCUCCUGGGACCCCAAGAAUUUCAGAGACGAGACCUACAUGUGCAUAGCUGAGAAUCCUGUCAGCAAUGCCUCCUCCUCUGUCUCUGUCCAGAGCCUCUGCAAAGGUGUUAUUAAUGCAAAAAAUGUACACCUGGACACCAGAUGGAUUAUAAUGGUGGUUCCUUUGAUAUGUAUAGUCAUCUUUGCCUGCUUGUGUGUUCGGAGGAAAAAAUUAGCAGAUGUCUUUCAUUUCCCUGCUCAGCAAACCCAAGGAGCUGGUGCAGAGACCGUGAGGAACUUAGAAUAUGCUUCCUUCUCUUCUGGGAACACUGUCUAUGCUCAGGUCACCCAUGCAAAUCAGGAAAGAGGAACCCUAACACCUUUGAAAAAUAAUGACUCCACCACAAUUUACACUGAAGUUCAUCAGUCUGGAGAGAAAGCCCUCUGAACCCAGGCCAGCUGCCCUCCACAAUGUCACGUAAGGUGCUAAAAGGCCUCCAAAGAAUUCAGGAACGACACAUCUUCUCCUGAUCCCAUGAGAAAGGACAGAGCUUGGUCUCUGCCUGGCAGCAGAAUUUGAAUAUCUAGGAGUAUCGCUCCCACUCCUUCAGAUUUGAACCUACUUACUGAGGUCAAAUAUGUAGGGAAUAACAUCAUUUCCAGCAUAUGACCCAGAUAACAUUUUCUAAUCUGCUCCAGGACAUACAGCAGAAACCAUGCCCAGAUAUUGACUUUCUCUUUGGUAACUCAUCGAAUGGAGUCACGAUUGGCAGAGAGAUUACAAUUCAGAAGACAACCACCUCUGUCCUUUUAGAAAGCAGCAGGAUUGUGAUUCUCCUGGGAGAGAGUACUGUGUGUUGUUUACGUGUGUUUUCUCUGGAGUUAACCAGGCCCAUGUUCAAAUCCUCAUACAUCCUCGUGUGUCAUUUACUAGACACGCCUCCUGGGACAUGUUACUAACCUCUUGGAGCUCUGGUCUCCUAGACUGAAAAAGGAGGGUAGUAGUACAUCAGCCCUGUUAUUCACACCGGGAACCAAGGCUUCAACUUCUCUAUAACCAAGCCCUUUGGACUCUACCUCCAACUAGUGGACCUCUCCACUUUUCUGCACAUCUUCAACCAAGUUGUAUAUACAGGCAGCAUCCUCACAACCUGGACUGCUACAAUAAACGCCAAGCAACUCUCUACAACUUUUGCUCUUGGCUCCCUCCAAUCAAGGCUCUACAAUACAGCUAAAGUAAUAUUUUUAAUAUAAAUCGGAUCCUUGGAGUUCCUGUUGUGGCUCAGAGGUAAUGAACCUGACUAGUAUCCAUGAGGACACGGGUUCAAUCCCUGGCCCUGAUCAGUGGGUCAGGGAUCCAGUGCUACUGUGAGCUGUGGUGUAGGUUGCAGACGUGACUCAGAUCCUGCAUUGCUGUGGCAUAGGCUGGCAGUCACAGCUCCAAUUCAACCCCUGGCCUGGGAGAUUUCAUACACCGUGGGUGUGGCCCUAAAAAACAAAAUUUAAAAAAAAUUGAAUCCUUCACUUGUCUGCUUAAAAUUCUGCAAGACUUCCCAGUACACUCAGAUUAAAACUUGAGUCUACAUAGUUCUGGAGGGUCUAGCCCAUCUAUCUCCAGCCCCAGCUAGUAUCACUCCCCCCACCCUGCUUUUGUUUGUUUGUUUGUUUGUUUGUUGUUUUAAGGGUUUUUUUUUGGGGGGGAGUUGUUUUUUGGACCAUGCCUGGCAUGGAAAAGAUCCUGGGCCAGAGAUCAAACCAGUGCCAAAACAGUGACCCAAGUUACAGCAGUGGCCAAGCUGGAUCCUUAACCCAGGCCACAAGGAAACUCCACCCCCCACUAUCCUUAUUUAGACUCCCCAGUCUCCUUUCAGCUCCCCUAUUAGAGGAAAUAUUUUGCUAUGUUAGGGUUAUUUACGUCUUCCUCAAGGCCCUUCUUUCUGCCUGUCCAGUUCCUAUUCUUUAGGUCUCAUCUUACAUAUGUCACCUUCUAAGAGAGACCUUCCUAGACCUCUCUAUCUGAAAUGACUUUAUCGUAUGUCAUUAAAUAUUUAUUUUUAUUUGUUUAAUGUCUCUUUCUCCUACUAUACCGUAAGCUCUUUAGGAAUAGAAAGCAUGACAAUUUUGUUUAUCACUGUAUCCCCAGCAUCUAGCAGAGUAUCUAACACAUAGCGAAUGUUCAGUAAUUUUUUUUUUUUAAUGGAUACACCUUCGACAUUUGGAAGUUCUUGGACCAGGGAGUGAAUCUGAGCCACAGCUGGGGCAACACUGGAUCCUUUAACCCACUGUGCCAGGCUGGGGAUGGAACCCGAGCCCCCCUGCAACAACCUCAGCUGCUCGGAUUCUUAAGCCACUGCACCACAGCAAGAACACCUCAGUAAAUAUUUUUGAUAAACAAAUAAAUAAAUAAAAUGUGUGUGUAAUGGAGGGUUUUUUUUUUCUUUUCUUUUUACAACCACACCAGCAACAUAGGGAAGUUCCCAAGCUAAGGGUCACUGGAUCCUCAACCCACUGAGUGAGGCCAGGGAUCUAACCUGAAUCCUCAUGGACACUAUGGUGGGUUCUUAACCUACUGAGCCACAACAGGAAGUCCUUGAGAGUUAAGUAAAACACUUGGAAUUAAGUAAACACUUGGAGGAGUUCCCAUCGUGGUGCAGCAGAAAUGAAUCCAACCAGUAUACAUGAGGAUGCAGGUUGGAUCCCUGGCCUCGCUCUGUGAGUCAGGGAUCUGGUAUUGCAUUGAGCUGUGGUGUAGGUUGCAGACAUGGCUUGGAUCCACAUGGCUUUGGCGUAGGCGGGCAGCUACAGCUCCGAUUCGACCCCUAUCCUGGGAACCUCCUGAUGCCUCAGGUGUGGCCCUAAGAAUAAGAAGAAAAAAGGAAAGUAAAGAACUUGGACCCCUUAGCACAGUGCUUAGCACGUGAAAGAGCUCAGUGAAUGUUAGCCAUCAUUGUUGUUGUGUUCUCGUUGUUGUUAUUAUUAUUAAAUUAUAUUCUCUUGAA